CUUAAAAUGCUUGAACUAAAGUUAUUGCAGUAAUUCAACAGUGAUAAUCGUAAAACUCAAUGGGUUCUCAUUGAGGCUGUGUGUGUGGAAACAUUGUUUUGUUAUUUUAAAAUUAGCUUGCUGUUGGAGCUAACGUUAUUGUGUUUGGCGAAAACUGACUGACGCGCUUUUAUAUAAAUGGGAGGUGCUGUAUGUGUCUUCAUUUCUAGUAUAUGUUCUGACUACAGUUAAUGUUCAGCUCUGACACGUGAGAGAAGACAGACGUCCAGUCAAACUACAUCAAAACAAUAUCAAACGUCGAAUUACUGAGAUCAUACUGUCAUUGAGACAUGGACAAAGAGAAAACGUCAAUGCUGGCAUUAUGUGUUGAAGCUGGGAAGAUGAAUGUGAAACAUGUUCCACGCCCUGAAGCCAAAGAUGGACAGCUUCUCAUCAAAGUCGCUGCGACCGCUUUAAACAGAGCCGAUCUGCUUCAGAAACGGGGUCUUUACCCAGCUCCACCUGGAGAGAGUGAAAUCCUGGGUCUGGAGGCCAGCGGGGUGAUAUCCGGUGUCGGCCCUUUGGUCAAAGGGAACUGGACGCUGGGAAGUAAAGUGAUGGCUUUACUCGGAGGUGGAGGUUAUGCAGAAUAUGUGGCUGUUCCAGAAGAGCUGGUCAUGGAAGUCCCAUCACACCUCAGUCUUUAUGAAGCUGCAGCUCUUCCCGAGACCUGGUUGACGGCACACCAGCUUCUGCACUUCAUAGCCAAAGUGCAGCCGAAUGAGACGGUGUUGAUUCAUGCUGGAGCGAGUGGAGUCGGCACUGCUGCUGUUCAGCUGGUCCGCUUGAGUCACGCCAUACCUGUAGUAACAACUGGGAGCCCUGAAAAGAUCAGAUUUGCAGAGCAGAUUGGAGCAGCUUUGGGAAUCAAUUACAAAGAGGAGGAUUUCUCUGAAAAAGUUCUGCAGUUCACUAAAGGCAAGGGAGCUGAUGUAAUUCUGGACUGCAUUGGAGGAAAUUAUUGGGAGAAAAACAUUAGUAGCCUUGCAGUCGAUGGACGAUGGGUGCUUUAUGGCACAAUGGGAGGUAAAACAUCAGAUGGAGACCUGCUUGGCAAACUUUUGAGGAAGAGAGGCCAUCUUCUGUGCAGUCUCCUCAGAUCAAGGAGUCUACAGUAUAAAGCAGAGCUGGUCCAGAGUUUCACCCAGCAGGUUUUGCCACACUUCAAGUCAACAGAUUCCCCUUUGCGGCCUGUGAUUGACAGCAUGUUCAGCAUGGAGGACGCUGAAGAGGCUCAUCAACACAUGGAGGCUAACAAAAAUAUUGGAAAAAUCAUUAUCAAAAUUGGAAAGCCUUGAUCAUGUUAAUAUCAAAUACAAACUGCACCUGCUUUGGGAAUAAUAUCUACGAUUUACAGAGAAAAACAGUACAAACGUUUCAUUUGUAAAAUGACACAAGACUGAUAUGAUAAUCAUUCUGAAUAGAGGAAAGUUAUUAUCAUGGCUACAGAAGAGAUUUAAAAUUUAACAAAGUCACAAGAUUUAAAAAAAGAAUAUGUUGCUGGUUUAAAUACUGUAACUAAAAAGUGGUAAAUAUUUCACAAAAAGGAGCGGCAUGGUGGCUCAGUGGUUAGCACA